AUGCAGAUUGCUUCUACAAACAUUUGUGAAAGAAUGGGUCGCUGUCAGGAGCUCAGUGAAUUCGAGCGUGGUACCGUGAUAGGUUGCCACCUGUGCAAUAAGUCCAUCUGUGAAAUUUCCUUGUUACUAAAUAUUCCACGAUCAACUGUUAAUGGUAUUAUAACAAAGUGGAAGCAACUGGGAAGAACAGCAACUCAGCCACAAAGUGAGCGGGGUCAGCGCAUGUUGAAGUGUGCAGAAGUCACCAACUGUCAAUAGCUAAAGACCUCCAAACGUUGUGUGGCCUUCAGUUUAGCACAACAACAGUGUGUAGAGAGCUCCAUGGAAUGGGUUUCCAUGGCUGA